UCGGCCAAGCAUAACACAUCGCCAACACGUUCUUUUUCCAUCAAGCAAAAGAUGUCAAAUCUUUCGUCAAUUGCACAAGAGCAUAUAAUUGAUCCGGAAACAACGUAAUGUCAUCAUUCUUCAGGUCGGCAGCAGACAUUAGCUCCUCCCGCGAAGAAAGUACAGAUAACUCGAGCGAUGAAUCGGACAGCAGUGGCCAGCAAAUCACGAGGGUACGCACUCUAGGGUCAAGUACUGCGGCGGAAGAGCAAUCGGAGCCUGGAGCGACACAGACUCUUGAUCAAGCCUCUCGCAGCUCUAGCUACCAUCGCGAUUUGCUCCUACAUGCGCUGCUGGAAGAACGCUGCUACAGUGAAGCACUAGAGGAUCUCAAGAACUCUGGUGUCAAUGUCGAAAAGAGUCACCCACAAGUCGAUACGCUAGCCAAAGAAAAGUAUGCUCGACUUUCACGACAGCUUGGCAGAUACGGUCUCGAAACUGGUGAUCUGAACUCUGAGCAAUUUGGCCCUCUUCGCCAAACAUACCGGGAUGGUCUUUCUGUUAUCACGCGAAAAUCCGUUGAUCUUCAAACACCGAUUGAGGAGAUUCUGGCACAGUCGCAAGGCAGCAACUUGCCAGGACCACUGCUUCGCUUGAUGGGAGGAAACGAACAUUCGGCGACAAUCGACAUGAGCCGCAGAUUCAGUGAUCUUGCAAUCGCUGGUUCAGACUUACAUGCUCAGCCAAAGUUGCUUGGUAAUGGCAUCCUGCCUGGUCAUCCGCUGCUGAACUCCACACGCUACACAAGAGACUUUGAGGAGUUUGGCAUUCUUGGCAAAGGUGGCUACGGCACGGUAUUCAGAUGCAAGCACAACCUUGAUGGCCGUCACUAUGCAAUUAAGAAGAUUCCUCUCGGACCAAGUCGAAUGCGCAAGAUCCAGGAGAAUGGUCAAGCAGAGCUGGAUCACAUCCUUGUCGAAGUAAGAACAUUGGCCCGCUUGGAGCAUCCGAAUAUUGUUCGAUACCAUAGCGGCUGGAUCGAAUGGGCACCUUUGAUCUCCAAUAAACAGGCGCUGGAGUCCAACGGUCACAAGCUGCUCGAAGCUCCCAAAGAAUCGGAAGAAGAAGAUGAGACUAGUACAUCACAGGGCUAUAGUGGUCGACCAGACGUACCUGCUAUCGAUGUUCAAUUCGGCUACGAUGAUGACGAAGACCCCUUCGAGAUGUCAACUGGCCAAAGCCAGCGUUUUGCAACACAAGAAGAGGAAGGAUCUUACUCCGAAGGCAACCCACUUCAAAAGAUACCGAGUCGAAGUACAGUCGCUUCCGUUAGCGACGAAAGCGAAGUCGAAGUAAUCACGCGCAGAAACUACCCAUCCGAAAGUAGCUACGACACUUCCUCCUUCACGAACAACCAUCACCAAUCAAAUGAGCCAUCACUUGCUCUCCACAUACAAAUGUCGUUGUAUUCAAUGACGCUCUCUGAUUUCCUCGCACCUUCUGUAUAUCCAGUCGGUGCAGAUACCAACGACUUUUCAUCUCUACGUCACUGCUUCCACGCUCACUCAUCACUGGAGAUCCUGGCAUCCGUCAUCGAAGGUGUCGAAUACCUACACUCAGAGGGAAUAGUACACCGAGACCUUAAACCCGGAAAUAUCUUUCUCGCAGUCCGCGAAGGCUCAAAACCUCCUCCCGGAGCUCUGUCACUCUCAAAUUGUUCCUCCUGCCUGUCAGUAAACACACAUCGUCCCUUCAACAUCAGCAUCUGUAUCGGGGACUUUGGUCUCGUCUCCUCCAUCGCGCGCCCGGAAGAUGAGCCUCCCCCCACAGUAGGCGCGUCCACCAAAGCAGUAGGCACGGAGAUCUACCGUCCUUACACUGUUACGAGGAACAAUCACCCCUGUUUGGAUGUCUAUGCAUUGGGUAUCAUCGCGUUCGAGCUGUUGCAUAGAUUCGGCACGAGGAUGGAGAGACAUGAGAUGUUGCAUCGAUUGAAGAAGGGUGAGCUCGCCAAGGAGCUUGAUGAUGAUAUCGGGUGUCGGGGUAUGCAGGAGUGGAUCCUGAACAUGGUGGAGGCAAACGAGAGUGAUUGUCCUACAUGGGAGCAGUUGAGAGAGAGCUUGCAAAAGAUGCUUGAGCAAUGCAAAAAGUCUCAAGGCAAGGGCAAGAGAAAUAUAUGAGGAUGUACCACUCGACAGAGAAGCAAGAAGUACUCAGCACAUCAUCCGACCUCCAAAGCCAAAACAGCGUAAGAAACAUCAUUCUGUUCACUCAUCCUGCAUAUACACACAACUCUCUCUACAAGACCAUCACACCGAUCGCAGCUGCCACUACAACGACUGCCGUGCUUCCCAAGCCAAUUCGCCUUCCCGCUCCACCCGUCGAAGCAGCAGCGA